GGGCUGAGUGCAGCUUUACAUGUUUUUUUUCUGUUAAAAUGUUUGAGUGUUUGUUAAGUGCCACAAUAUGAUGUCGAUAUAAGGGAAACAUUUCACGUGUCAUUCUAAAAGGGCUCGCUCUUCUUUUGAAGAAUAUUGAAUAUAAAGUUCUGAAAAUAAAGGAUUGUGCUCUGGAGAAAUUAAAGAACGUUCAAAGAACAUACUGUUGGGUAAAUAUAGAUAAUCAUUUACACCAUGUGGAAAUCAACAGUACUGCUCUUCCUCAUUUACAUUGACAAAGUAACACUUGAUUGUGGAGACACUGCUGCUGAUAUCGUUUUUAUUCUGGAUUCCAGUGGGAGUGUUGGGGAAGGUAAUUUCAACAAAACCAAGGAAUUUUUCACGGCAAUGGUAGAUGGAUUUCAAAUUGGACCUAAAACCGUAAGAGUUGGAGCUGUGCCUUUCAGCACCUCUGUUCACAACAUGUUUCAACUAACAUCUUUUUUUUCUAAACCUGCUCUCAAGUCUCAUAUUUCUAACAUCCCUUAUGUAAGUGGUGGUACAAAUACUGCUGAUGCUAUAGAGUAUGCUCGAACUACAAGCUUUGGGUCGUAUGGCAGAAACGAUACCCCUAAAAUAGCCGUAAUCAUAACUGACGGAAAGUCGAAUGACAAGUCUACUACAUUGUCGGAAGCCCAAUUAUUACGCAACAAUGGCGUCAUUAUCGUCUCUGUCGGUGUAGGUGGCGGUGCAGAUAUGUCUGAACUUCAGGGAAUGGCGACAAAAACUUCAUAUGUGUUUGAUGUGUCUACUUUUAAUGCUUUGAAUUCCAUUCGAGAUAAACUAGCAAAAACAACCUGCGAAGGUAACUAUAUAUCGAAUAUACCGUAUAAAUAG